CGAGUGAGCGGCGGUAAGAGAGCCCGAACCAUUUUGGUGGAGAGUCGAGAUGAGGUUGUCUGCAGCCGACAACGAGAGCGCAACGGGAAAUACACCGCAACGUUGGCUUCUCCGCAGUCGGGGGCAAGUGGAGAGGUGUUCAAUAUCCACUCGGUGGUGGACUGGGUCGAGCUCCAGCUGUGGAAUCGCUUCGGCAAUGGCUUCGACGUGUUCUUGGGCAAGGCGUCGAGAGCUCAGCGAAAACGUUUGCAAAAGGAACACGACGACCUAGAGCUACUAAUCUCAACGUACCAGCGCGUGUUGGAAAAGAAUGGAGACGCGGCCUUGAUACAAACGCAGCAGAAGGAGCCCGGUUCACCGGUUCGAUGUAACCCUGCGGUCCCUGAAUCUGCGCCAAAUAGUCCUCCAACUUCUCCAACACCAUCGCUCUCUUCAAAGAAGCCGGUGUUUCUCAAAACGUGGGAAGAACGUGAGCGCGAGCGUCGACUGGAGAAAGAGGUAUCCAAAGCUCAGCGCAUCGAGGAGGAAAAGCAGCGUCUGCUCCAGCGCGUGAUAGAACGACAACAGCAAGAGGACUACGAAGCUCUCAUAUCAAAGUUCACCGAAAGCCGAAAGCAGCGCGCAGCACGAAGGAUCCAGACGUUCGUUCGCAGCAUCAGGAGCGCUCUGCAAGCCAAACGCCUUGAGACUGAAAACCGAGCAGCUUCACUUGUGCAAGCCUCGUGGAAACGAUUCGUGCACGUGAGGGAUUAUCCACGUCGGCUUGAAGAACGAAGGGAGGAUAUUGAAAUGCAACAAAUGGCUCAAAGCGAGGAGGAGCUGAGGCAGUGGCUAGCUGACUUGGAGCAGAAACGGCGUGAAGAAGCCAUUGCACGCGCCAUGUCGCCUCCAGAGUCCAUCCGGAGCAACGAACCGGAAGAUGCCAUUGACGAUACGCCGUCGCCGUCUGCAUCACCUUCAAAGCAGGUGGUUGAUGCUCUCGUAACAACAUGGCGCAAGCUGCAUCGAGUGUUCGUGAUCGCUCACAGAACGAAGGGAACGGACUAUCGCGACCUCUUCUCCGAAAUCGACCUCCGCAAAGACGACGUCCUCGAUCGCGCUGAGCUGAGACUUGGUGCCAGAAGUUUUGGCGUGCGGCUCGACCGAAAGAUCACGCGAGCCUUGAUCACCUUGAUUCGCACAAAAUGCGGGGCACCCUCCAAGCCGCUUCUCGUGACGUUUGAACAGUUCAUGCAAGGAUUCGAGUUGGUUCAAACGGAGGCAGAGCAGACCGAUACCCAGUUACUCCCUGACGCAAGACUUGAAGACGCCGUAGAUGCUAGCGCCGCAGAAGGCAAAGCCGUCAAUGCUGUUACUGAACCGCCAGUUGAUGAUUCUCCCGGUACACAGGAAGACCAAGCUACCGACGAAGAAGCCUUGGUUGUGGCUGUCCGGGCGUUUAGAGCGGCGGUAUACGACUCGGCGACGGCGUUCUUGGCGACAUUAGGCAAACCCUCAAGCGACUAUCGCGCGUUCCGAGAGGCGUUGGCACAGAUAUUCGCUGAAUUUGACGCGAACAGGAACGGCCAACUCGAGGUGAUCGAGCUUGUGGCCUGCAUGGCGUCCUUCAACCUGCGUCUAAGCGACGAUAAUGUCUCUUUGCUACGGGAGCUGUUUAUCGGAGACCGCGAACAUGGCACGGUCGGAGUCGCUGAGUUCAUCUCUUUUAUACUCGCACACUCGCCUUCAUCUUCCGACGAAGACGAACUUGGGCUCCUAGGACAUCGGCUCAGAGAAGCGAUCAUGACUCGUGUCACCCAAGCUCAAGCCCAGAGUGACAGUGUUGAAGACGCAGUGCGCCUCGUGUUUGCAGCUGCCUACAAACGCAAAGGCCAACAGUCUUGCGCCAUUCGUGAUUUCGUGCGUGUUUUCAAUCGACUUCGUCUAGGCGCCACACCUGCUCAAGUUGCUCGUCUUGUGGUUCGACUGGAUCGUGACGGUGAUGGCUCCAUCUCGUUCGAAGAGUUGCUGGUUUGGUUGCGACUACGCUCCAAAGCCUCACUCGACACAGACGUAGGUCUGGACUCGGGAAGCGUACCUGCUUCACAGGCUACACUUCAGCUUGCAACGAAAAAGGCAGCGGCUUUACGACUUUUUCUUGAGAAACUUGUGUCAGGAGGAGAAAUUUCGCCGACGAAACCUGACAGCAAGACGGCCAGAUUAGCCGCUUUGUUCCACCAGAUUGACACCAACAAUAGCGGCAAAAUCAACCAAGAAGAGCUGCAAGUGUUCCUCGAAAGCCAGGACCUAUCUUCUGUCGUUGGGGAAGAAAGCUUGGCUGGGUUGUGCGGUCUUUCAAAGUCAGCACAGCCUCCAGCGGCCUUGGUUGCGCAGGAAAUGAUGAAUCUCCUGGGCAUGAACGCUAACGGUAUCACGACACUAAAAGAGUGGCUGGCGUUUGCUCAGUACGAAAGCACACACGAAGGAGAUGAUCCUGUGGUUAUCGAAGCUCUUCGUAGAGCCCUCAAGGAAUCAGAGAAUAAUGAUCCUGAGCACCUGGUAUGGUGGUUCAAUGCUCUGCCAGGAGCAAUUCAAGCUCCCAUAACUCGGCAAGGCGAACCCGCACAGGUAAAGGUUCGAGUGGCCGAGUUCAAAACCACAUUGCGCGCAAAACUUAAUGGUGCUCGAUCCAUUCCGCUGCACGUAAUCGACCGAGUCGUGGUGAGUCUGGAUAAAGACAGUAGCGGGUGGAUCACGACAAGUGAGCUGUGUUUGUGGGCGUACCCGCCUCGAGACAUCGAGGAAAUCCUUCGGCUCAUCAUCACAAGCUGGCAGAUCGAACGCUCUCAAGUUUCCAGUCGCACUGAGUUUGCAGCAAAUCUGUACUCGCGCUUUGACGUCGAUGGCAACGGGAGCCUUGCUGUGCGAGAAAUUUUGUCGGGGCUUGCUGUGUUCGGCGUGGACUUGACAGAGUACGAGGCGCGAGUACUGUUGAUUGCCUUUGAUAUCGAUGGCGACGGCUGCUGGAGCAAAUCUGAGUUCCUCGCAUUCGUGGAUAAACUUUUCCCAGCUGAAGCGUUUGCUAAGGAACCA